CUGCACUGAGGGCUCCUGAUUCCAGUGUUUAGCAAGGGAUGAUGAGCCAAGCAUUAAAGCAUGAUGAAUUAGUGUCCCAUUGCGAGAAGGUUUUCGGGCUUUCCCAGAAAAAGAGGCUUCCACUCUCCUUAUUAACCAUAAAGAACAGGUGAGAAGGAAGAACUCAAAAGCCUCGGGCAGGUUACCCAAAGCCAACUGCAUCGUAAUCGCACUUCGUUUCCCGACCAAAAGUACAUGGAUCCAAAGUGCAAGAUUUUGUUGGAUUAUUGUAUUCUCUCUCUCUCUCUCUCUCUCUCUCUCUCUCUCUACAGAUCCCUCCCUCUCUCUUUUGAAUUUCAAAUGACAUGCAAAAGGCUACACCCCCCAACGUACCCCACACAGUGUCCUCUCAUCUUAUUCUCCGUUUCACACACUUCCGCCGCUCUCUCUCUCGCUCUGGAGGCAUCAAUAUAUCUGCUGCAAGGUUUCUCUGGGGAGGAAAUCUGUCAAGAAAUGGGUGGUUCAGGGAAGUGGAUCAAGUCCUUGAUUGCAGGCAUCAAGAAGCAAGAGCAGGAUGGCUGUGUAAUCACUGCAUUUUCUGUCGUUUGAUUUCUUCUUUCAUGGUUGAGUCUCGAGCUGCUAAAUUUGGUUCUACUCUCUCUUCUGUUGUUUGUCUUCUCCUUGCCUUCUUGAAGGAAAGGAGCGGUGGUGGCGAUAAUGGAAGGAGCAGGAAGUGGACGAAGCUGUGGAGGAGCUCCUCAUGGGACCACCUGUCGCUGCGGCGGGGGUCGAGGGGCAGUAGCCACCGAUCGGCAGCGUCCGAGGCGUCCGACGCCUCGUCUGUCGCCGACGCGUUCACCGCCGCCGCGGCGACCGUCGUCCGCGCCCCGCCGAGGGACUUCAGGGUGGUCAGGCAGGAGUGGGCGGCCAUCCGCAUCCAGACCGCCUUCCGCGCCUUCCUGGCGAGGCGAGCGCUGCGGGCGUUGAGGGGGAUCGUGAGGCUGCAGGCCAUAGUGCGGGGCCGGCAAGUGCGGAAGCAGGCGGCAGUGACGCUGAGGUGCAUGCAGGCCCUGGUGCGCGUGCAGGCGCGCGUCCGGGCGCGGCGGGUGCGCAUGUCCACCGAGGGCCAGGCCGUGCAGAGGAUGCUCGAAGCCCAUCGGGGCCAACUGGAUCCUCUGAAGGAAGCGGAGGAAGGAUGGUGCGACAGUCCGGGCACAUUGGAAGAAGUAAGAGCGAAGUUGCAGAUGAGGCAGGAGGGAGCUGUUAAGAGGGAAAGAGCUAUUGCUUAUGCCCUUUGUCAAAAGCAAUCUUUGUCAACCAUGAGUGGGAGGUCAAAGCAAACCACAGCCUCUCUCAAGCAUCAUGGUCUUGAUAAAGGUAAUGGGAAGUGGUGCUGGUUGGAGAGGUGGAUGGCUGCCAAACCCUGGGAGAACAGGUUGAUGGAGUGUACAGGCCAGAAGGAUCUUCCUGAAGCAGAAUCCAAAGAAGACAAUUGUGGCAUCCGCACAACAUGCGGUGAACCUGGUUCAGUGAAAAUAAACAAGAACAACAUGACCAUGAGGGUUUCAGCGAGACCUCCAACCAUUACUCACAACCAUGGCUGCAGAACUCGUCCUUCCUCAUCUCCAAGCACUGAAUUAUACUACAACGAGAGUUCUGCAUCGUCGUCAUCGUUCUGCAUGUCGACGCCGAUCUCAACCAGCACUCUUUUGGGCUCAGAGAGAACAGAGGACAGCAACAGAAGUAGGCCCAGCUACAUGAGCUUGACUGAAUCAAUCAAGGCAAAACAGAGAGCUUUCAAUGUGCCGAGAAUGAUGAUACAGGGACAUCCAUCUGCGGAUGCUCGCUCUCAUCGGAGGACUUUGUCUAGUAUUGACAUCAAGAGCACUGACCGCUUGAAUCAUUCAGCUUUUUCUUGCAAUCUGGAGAAUCCACUACCACAAAGGGUUAAGAUUUCUAUGAGAAGCAUGGAAAAAGAAGAUGGUUACUAUGGCAAAGAACAUACUUUUGUAUCUUAUGGUUCUUGAAGUUUGGCUUCAUUACCUCGGCAGAGUUUCCAACCAAUCAAGAUCUCAAGGAGUCUGUGAUUUUUCAGAGAACAUUCUUGGCAAAUUACCAGGGCCAUUAUUAUGUUAGUGACCACUUCAAAUUUCUUUUGGCAUGUUGAUGCAGGGUUUCUUGAGUUACUAAGAUCAG